UUCUUAUCGAACUGUAGCUGUUUUGUGUGCUUGUUUGUUUUCGUAGUGCUGAAGACCGAAGCCAGGGCCUUGCACACUAACCAAGGGCUCUGUCACUGGGCUACGUCUCCAGUCCUUUUUAUUUUUUAGUUUGAGUCAGUGUCUUCCUAAGUCGCCCAGGUUGGCUUUGAACUUGUAACCCUCUAGCCUGAGAAUCCCAAGUAGCUGGGAUUAUGGGUGUGUACCACCGCACCCAACUACCUACAGAUUUCUAAAUUCUUUUUUUAUUUUGCAGAGUCUAGCGGACUGUCAUCUUAUCAAAUCAUUUCACCAGGGGCCAAGAGCACACUAGAGCUCUUUACUUUUGAGUACAUGCAGCAAACAGAAUCUAACAUGGAAGGACAGGCCUCAGAAAAAUGAACCCUGCUAAUUCUAGGUUACAGUGUCCAAUCUGAGAGGGACAAGUUGGCUUCUAACCCCAACCCAGCUCCCAGGCAAGCUGAGUCCAGCCGGAAACACAAGCUUGGAUGCCAUCACAUUAGAUCCGGUCUUUAGCAGCUCAGGAAACAUGAAACAGGUCAAAAGGAUCCCCUGUUUUGGAAGGGGCCGUUCAGCAAAACAUGAAUGUAGACAGCAUACAGAGAAGGCCAAAGAUCGCAUCAAUGUUACAGUUAUCUCAGAAGGUGCUCACCUAGUGGGAGCAUAAGAUAAAAGAAGAACCUACAGGUUUCAUUUCAUUUAUACACCGGCUGUGUACCAGAAAGUCACACAGAAAUGGCAUCUAUUAUGUAAAGUACUAUCAAAUACUUUUGCAGUUGACCCAAUCUUUAGGCAUGGCUGGGAGGAAGCUUAAACGCAGACUCCCCGAGCUCUUUCCCAGAGAAUCUGACCCAACCCCUCUGGGCUGGGGCCAAGGGGUCUUGUGUAGAUUAUCAAUUCCUUCGGGUGAUAUUUUUAGAAUCAGCCGAGUUUAGAAAGCAGUGAUUUAUGGGAUUCCUUCAAAGUCCUAAUACUGCAUGUAGUUAUCUUCACCUGUCUUUGUUAGUCCAGCUUUUCACGGUAUUGUCCAGCCUCUUAGUUUUACGGAGGUUACGUCUCUCUGUUUACUCGUUGACUUCACGCCGAUGAGAAACAUGCUCUGUCAUGUCUCCCAGGCGUGCUCGAUGAGUGCAUGUUGUCUGAGGGAUGCAGUUUCGGAAGUUGAGCAAGAGCAAGAGAAAAGCAAGAGGGGUGAGCUUCGUUCUGCAGAAAGUGAGGAUCUGAGACAGCUGCUGGAGGGUGCUAGGGAAGUGGGGGUCACAGCACACCCCGACUGUAGUUUGUCCAUCUUCAUCCUAACGCUCUGGGCUCUUUCAGUGCAUAGGCAUUUAUCUGCCUUUGAAACAGGAAGCAGGGAAGAUCUCAUCCGCUGUAGGGAACACACCACCAGACCCAGCUCAUUAUUCAGCUGGCAGCGCCGGAGCAGGAGACAGGACCACUCGUACUGCUGGCUCUGCCCUUCCUCGCGAUCUCAGGACCUUUCCGCCCACACCCGUCUCGUCCCGCCAGGCCUUCAUUUAAGAAAACUAAGCUACAGUUCGCAAGGGAUCGAAAAGUCGUGUAGCGCUUCAAACACGCCUCAACAGCGCAAGCAGAGAGCAGAAGAAGUCCAAUCCUGGACCUCGUUAUUACUUUGUGCAGGAUACAAAAGGCCCGGAAACCACGAGCGGAUAAGGGCCACUCUCAUGAAACGCGGAGCCAUUACCAUAAAAGCUAGGCGGCGCGGGGUGGCGCAGCCAGAUUGUUACCGCUCGGCAGUUACUCUCAGUCGGAAAUAAACUGUCCUUAUUGGUGCCAGCUAUAACUUGGUUAAAAUGAAAACCGAUCCACUUUCAUAAAGAAUUCGAGUCGCGUUGUAGCGCAAACCGAAA